AUGAUUAUUUCUUCUGGCACCUCUGUCCCACCUGAGCUUGACAAAGUUCCUACGUCUCCAACACUCCUGAACACUGUUCUGCUGCGACCAUCAAGACAUCAGCAAAAGCUUCCCUUCCAAGCACAAAUAUCGAGCAGCAUGACGUCCGUUUUUCCCAGCAGCAAAAGGGCCGAUGCAACCAUGGAGAGCAUUGUUGAGAACCCAGUUGAGAAGAGUGCGUUUCUUCGACUACCACGAGGUAUAUCUAUGAGGUCUUAUAUCAAGCACCUUGUUUUCUAAUGAAUUCUUAGAGAUUCGAGACAUGAUUUAUGACUUGCUCUUUGUUCGACCUACUGGUAUCGUCCCUUGGAUAUACACGGGCAGACCUAAGAAGCCGAUACCUUACGCGGUCCAGGGAAAACCCCACAAUGACGGAAAGCAUUAUUCUUUUGACGACGUGAGGAAUUCUUAUACACGCACAUCCCCUGGAAAGGUCCUUCUUGAUGUCACCUGGACCACACCAGUCACCCUCCAAGAGAUAUCGCAACUUUCGACACUAGAAAAGGAGCCUGGUUGUACAAUAAUCCCGAAUGGCUCGCUCCUGAAUGAUUGCAGAGACGACCAAAUGAAAAGAUUACUUCAUACCCGCUAUGAUGGGGCAUAUGAGAUUAUUCGCAGUGUCCCAGUUAUGGUUGAAAUUAUCCAUGGUGUUGCAUUGCUUGCAACAUGUAAAAUGCUCAAUGCGGAGGGCAGUCAGGCUCUUUACGGCAAGAAUCUUUUCGUAUUCAAUAGAAUCAGCAAUAUUCGAAUGCGUCAAGGCGCAGACGUGUUCGUUAUAAGAGAAAAUCUUGCCCCUUUACCGUCUAAUAUCCCAGAGAUUUGUCGGUAUGCCUGGAUAGCCCCGAUGAAGAAAUCUCGGUCGCCUUGCAGCGACUCUUUACUGAGUAUACAUUGUAUGACAAAGAGCCAGGCGCGUGUCGUCAAGAUCGCAAACUAGCGAAGUUUGUCAGGCAAGAUGCCUUUUUGACAUUCUUGAAUCGAAUUGGCAUGAAGAAUGCGUCCCUUCUUACGAAUUUGAAUACAGAAGAUGAUUGGUAUUGUGGCCACCCGACUCGUAAAUCAAGGCCAUUCUUGGCUGGGCCCUAUACACAAUUCAACAUUGGGGAUAGAUUGAGAAUCUACACAACCAUUUUCAAAGCACUGGGCUGUAAGAUUGAAAAUCUUAUUCUUCAUAAUUCGAGAGCAAGCCGCGAUCGCGAUUACAUUAACUAUGAUGGUCGUAGCAGAACUCUUAUAGAUGAAGAUAUGGAAGGAAGUGUUGGACUUUUAGUCAAUGCGCUCCCUACGCUUAAAACCCUUCAGCUUGGCCGUUAUACGUUCGAAACGAAACUAAGGUACAUCGACGAGUGGAGAAAAUGUGUACGCUGGUCCGCCUUCGUGCGGCAGCGUGCGGUUGAAAACCACUCACAAAGGGUACCUCGAGGCAUCGAGGAAAUAAUUGAAAACAUACAUCGUGAUGCUGAUGCAUACUAUUCGAAAAUAAUAUCUCUCUUCGAGACUCUACCCUUCACAUCUGACGCCUGGGACGAGUUUGAGUCCCGGUACACUCCUCGAAUGAAAUCUGGAUCUGAUCAGAGAACCAACCGAAUGUGUCAAAAAGAGAAUUGGAAGCUAUUAAACCUUGGUCAUUCUGAAUGUAGGAGGUGGAUGGGAUUCCAAUACCCUCGAUAUGAUUUCAACGAUAGCAUGGUGGGGUUAAUGCCAAAACGUUCACAAAAAUCUCCAAUGUCAUUGAGCUCUGACACAGGAACGAGGGGGAUGGAGUGGUGGAUGAAACUGGCGAACUGA